GGCCGGGGGAGGCCGCUUUCAGUCGGAUCCCGGCAGCGGCUGCGGCGGACGCUUCGUCUUCUCCGGCCUCAGGCGACUCCUCCUCCGCUCGUUUCCGGAACCAUGGCCUCCGGCGUGGCAGUCUCCGAUGGGGUCAUCAAGGUGUUCAACGACAUGAAAGUGCGCAAGUCGUCAACGCCAGAGGAGGUGAAGAAGCGCAAGAAGGCGGUGCUGUUCUGUCUGAGUGAGGACAAGAAGAACAUCGUGCUGGAGGAGGGCAAGGAGAUCCUGGUCGGGGACGUGGGGCAGACGGUGGACGACCCCUACGCCACCUUCGUCAAGAUGCUUCCGGACAAGGACUGCCGCUACGCCCUCUACGAUGCCACCUACGAGACCAAGGAGAGCAAGAAGGAGGACCUGGUGUUCAUCUUCUGGGCCCCAGAAUGUGCCCCCCUCAAGAGCAAAAUGAUCUACGCCAGCUCCAAGGAUGCCAUCAAGAAAAAGCUGACAGGGAUCAAGCACGAGUUGCAAGCGAACUGCUACGAAGAGGUGAAGGACCGCUGCACCCUGGCCGAGAAGCUGGGGGGCAACGCGGUCAUCUCUCUGGAGGGGAAGCCCUUGUGAGCCCCCUCUCACCCCCCCCACCUCUGUCCCUCCCCUCCUCCCCCUGCCUGGAGCAGCCCAGCGAGCGA